AUGACGACCAACAGGCCUUUUUUAGCCAACUUCCUCGCGGCCUUUAGGGCACAAACCACAUACAAAACAGCGCCUUCAAAACCGCCUUCCCCAGGCCCAUCGUCAUCACAUAUCAGUUCUCCUUACUCCCCGCCAUCCUCCUCUUCAAACACAGCCGGGGCUCGAACAAUAUCCAGCAAGGCUACGGCAAACCCAGCGCCUUCAAGUUCGUCGCAAUCCAAUACCAACACUAUUGCUGCCGCAGCAGCCGCUUCGUCAACAUCGAACCAUUUCUCCUCGCAUCACCACUCUCAUCACCAUCAUACCCAUGCCCAUUCUCAUUCACAUACUCCAUCUCCUUCAUCACGAGCACCUGUAAGCUCUACCAGUCACGCAAGCUCCUCGGCAACAGCCACAACAUCGACAGUUUCCAAUUCAACCACCUCUCCUAUACCAGUUCCAACAUCCCCAUCUUCAACUUCUGCAGCCCCAUUUUCAUCAUAUGAUCGGAAUAGACGGGGAAGUGAUAGCAGUAGUGGUAGUGGAGGGUUCAGGGAUGCUUUAGGGCCGGAGAAGUGGUAUAUUGGUGGUCGAACGAUAAGUGGAGAGGAACGAUUAUAUCAACUUGGGAUGGUUACCAAGGGCGGUGGUAGGCUAGGAGGUGGAAUGCGUGUGGGCAGCGUUGACCAACUAAGCCUUUAA